UCCCUUGAAAUCCCUAAUCUUCCCAUGGCCGACAAUAUUUUCUAAGUUGCCACUCUCCAACAAACACUCUGCACUCGCAUGGCUGAAAUAACAACCCAAAACCUUUUUAUUACCAGCGCCAACAAAGCUUUGCUCUUUCUCCAUCUAUCAAAGAACACACUACUCUGCAUCACACACCGACGAAAAGAAAAAAUAUGGGUUUUGAGAAGGGAGCUUCAUUGUUGGAAGAUUUGAUAGAAAAAGCUGGAGGCUGUGCUGUGAUGGAUGGGGGUUUUGCUACUCAGCUUGAGAGUCAUGGUGCUUCCGUUAAUUUUAAGGUUUGGAGCGCUCUUUGCUUGAUCAGAGACCCUCACCUUAUCAAGCAGGUUCAUCUGGAGUAUUCGGAGGCUGGUGCAGAUAUCUUGGUUACUUCAUCUUACCAGGCUACCAUUCCUGGAUUCCUUUCCCGGGGACUAUCCCUUGAAGAAGGGGAGUCAUUACUAAAGAAGAGUGUCAAAUUGGCAGUGGAAGCCCGUGAUAAGUUUUGGGAUGGUGUCGGAUGUAUUCCUGGGAAUAGCUACAACCGAACUUUAGUAGCAGCCUCAAUUGGAAGUUAUGGAGCAUAUCUGGCUGAUGGAUCGGAAUACAGUGGGUGCUAUGGACCAGGAGUAAACCUGGAUAAGCUGAAAGAUUUUCAUUAAUGAAUAGCUUUCUUUGUGUUUUCUUAAAUGGAAAAGCCUUUUGCUGUCAA